GGUGGUAGACAAACACGUAGCUCAAGCCGCAAUUCCCAAGCAGGUGGAAGUAGGCCGACUAGUCCUGAAAACCAGUUCACCUUCAGUGCACAGAAGGAAACUGCUUCUCAUCAUGAGAGUAUUUGGAAUACCUAUCGGAAAAAGCCGCAACCAACUUCUGACAAAAAACUGACAGAAACCAUGGAAGCUGAACGUGCUAUGGACAUGGAAAAAGAAAUUGUUCAGGAUACUUAUGGUCCAAACUCCAAAUCUUCUUCUGCUAACGACAAAGGGAAAGCUACUGAAAAGUCCAAGGUGGUCGCGAAAGAAUUGUCACGUGACCCUCCCUUACCUCCGCAGAAUAUUGUAAACAACGUGAAUGGAACCAAUAAGGUUCCAACUCUUAACAAAGAAAUUAGUUCAACUCCUCAUAAGGAUCAACAACAAUCUGUUGUUUUGCCUAAUCAGGAUAAGAUUAAUCUGCAAGCCGAUCAAGGGUCCCAGCCCAUGGAUGUUGAUCCUAGUAAUUCUAACAAAGACCCGUCGAUCAUUACUAUAGAAAAAAUAAAAGAAUACAUUGCACUUGUUCCAUAUGGUGAGCUUAUUG